GUUAUCUGUCAUUGAUCAAAAAGGGUUACUGCCAGAAGCAGAAAUUACACAAUUACGUAAAUCGGCAAGAAAUUUGAAAUUGAGAAUAUAAGUAAAAAUGUUGAAAGUUUCUGCAACGUUGAGGCUUCUCUCAAAGCAAAGCAAGAACACCCGGUCGUUUGCCACUGCAGCGCAGCAAAAGGAAGCCCUAGUUAAUGUUCCACCAACUAGGCUGACAGUCCUCGAUAAUGGGAUUCGUGUCGCUACUGAAGAUUCUGGCGCACCAACUGCAACCGUAGGACUAUGGAUUGACGCCGGGUCAAGGUACGAAACUUCGAAAAAUAAUGGAGUUGCACAUUUCCUUGAACACAUGGCUUUCAAGGGUACAAGUAAACGAUCUCAAACUGACUUAGAGCUCCUUGUUGAAAACAUGGGUGCACAUUUGAACGCUUACACUUCAAGGGAACAAACUGUUUUCUACGCCAAAUGUUUGGCUAAUGAUGUCCCUGCAGCUAUCGAAAUUCUUGCUGAUAUCAUCCAAAAUUCAUCACUCGCCGAACCAGAAAUCGAACGAGAACGAGGGGUAAUACUUCGAGAAAUGCAAGAUGUCGAAAGCAACCUGCAAGAGGUUGUGUUUGAUCACCUUCAUGCAACUGCUUUCCAAGGUACACCUUUAGGACAGACAAUUUUAGGACCUACCAAGAACAUCAAGAAGAUAUCUAAAGCUGACCUCCAGCAAUACAUUAAGACACACUACCAACCUAGCAGAAUAGUCCUUUCUGGUGCUGGUGGUGUUGAACACAACAAACUUGUUGACCUCGCUACUAAACAUUUGGGUGGUCUAAAGAACACUGCCCUUGAUGUACCAGAGAUUACUCCAUGCCGCUACACAGGCUCAGAGAUAAGAGUAAGAGAUGACUCAAUGCCAUUGGCUCACAUUGCUAUUGCUGUUGAGGGUGCUGGUUGGACUGAUGCUGAUAACAUUCCUUUGAUGGUUGCCAACACUCUUAUUGGGGCUUGGGACCGAUCCCAGGGUGGUGGUGCCAAUAAUGCAUCUUAUUUGGCCCGUGCAGCAUCUUGUGAAAAUCUAUGCCACAGCUUCCAAUCCUUCAACACAUGCUACAAGGAUACUGGACUUUGGGGAAUUUACUUUGUUGCUGAACCAAUGCAGAUUGACGAUAUGGUGUACAACAUCCAUAAGGAAUGGAUGAAGCUUUGUAAUACAGUAACUGAAGGUGAAGUUGAGAGGGCAAAAAAUCUUCUGAAGACAAAUAUGCUUCUGCAGCUUGAUGGCACUACACCAGUAUGUGAGGACAUUGGCCGUCAGAUCUUGUGCUACAACCGUCGUAUCCCUCUCCACGAACUUGAUGCUCGUAUAGAAUCUGUAUCUGUGCAGAAUGUUCGUGAUGUUUGCUACAAGUAUCUGUUUGACAAAUGCCCAGCAGUCGCUGCUGUUGGUCCUACAGAAGCACUACCCGAAUAUACUAGGCUCCGUUCUGGUAUGUACUGGCUUAGAGUAUAAAUUCAUGUAGAAGUAUUUUAGAUCCAUUUAAAAAUCAGUUAAGAUUAAAUAAAAAUAUUCUCACCAGAAUGUCUGUUUGUUUUAUUCAAUUAAAACACUUUCUAUGGUGUUCUAUUAUAUUAUGUAUUUAUUAUAGCUCCAUAAGAUUAUGAUUUCCUGUAAAUAAACAAUCUAAUUAA